GUCAAGCAUUCUUGAUGUUGAAACAAAGAAAAUUACAACCGUGAAGGAGGUUUGGAUAUUCCGUCUUAAUUAGCAUAGAUUUUGACGAUUUUACUUCUCCAUUUACACCUUAGUUUUUCAGGUAUCGAUUGAGAAGAUAUAUCAAACACUCGAGACAGUGUUUUAUCGGCUAUCUUCGCAAGGGCAAUUGGAAUACACAAAGAAAAGUCAAAACUCGCGCAUGCUUAUUACGUUUUUCCGCUCUAAAAUUCUGUAGGAUAAGUCUUGGCAUAUUCCUUGUACUUCUGCUUACUCAAACGUGAGGAUUACAGAAGUUUAUCAGCUCUAGAUUACAAAACUGGUAAUUGCAGUUGGCAGUUGAGCAGGUGGCAGUUUUGAAUGGAAAUGCGGCAAAUUCUGAAGCGCCUCUUUUGUCAGCCUGGUCUAAGCUUUGCCAUUUUUUGUUUACUUGCAAAUAUUUUUGCAGCUCAGCUUGUUUCGUGCCAGGAUUCGUGUCGUAGCGGACCUUGUUACCCGCCGCCUGCAAAUCUUUCUGGAGAUUUCAAUGUAACAGCGAAUUCAACUUGUGGAGACCCGCCAGAACAGUAUUGCGUCAUGUUGGACUGCACUAAAGUCUGCAACGCGACAGACCCAAAUAACAAGCAUCCGGCGAGUUUUGUUGACGAUCCCUCUGCCGAUGGCAAGUUCUGGAAAUCUAAGAACUUCGAGUACCCUGUUGCGUUACAGGUCGACUAUGGAAGAACUUUUAUGCUUUAUCGGUCUGUGGUGACAUUUUACCACGCACUGCCUGCAGCGAUGUACCUUUUGAAGUCGAAUGAUUCGGGAAGAACCUUCAGUCCCAUAAGGUACUUUGCAACGAACUGCACGGUGUUUUUCAACAUGCCGGAAACACCAGAAAACGAGACGGAAGGUUUGAAAGUUCAAUGCUUUAAGAUAGACCCUGACACUAACCCUAAUUUACAGCUUUUUUAUUCUCCAUUACGUGAUGCAGCUGAAGCACAGAAUAUUGUCAACGACAUAAAGAAACAGUCUGUCUUCCUCAUGACAAAUAUAAAAAUGGUAUUAGUGGCAUACAUUACACCAAGUGGUUUGGACCUUGCGUCGGUCUCAGAAUCAUUGAAAAGGAGUUUUUACUUUGCCGUGUCAGACUGGGAUUUGUUAGCUUCAUGCCACUGCAAUGGACAGGCUCCGGAGUGUGAUCCAGAUGUAAGUGUAGCGAGGAGAUUUCUGAAUAAAUGAAUGACCUUACCCUGAAGGAUGAAAUUACAUGUGUAAAAUUAUUGGGUUUUUUUUGAGAAUUGAAUCUCCCCACAUGCCCUGAUUCUUUAUUAUUAUUAUUAUUAUUAUUAUUAUUAUUAUUAUUAUUAUUAUUAUUAAAGAUUCGCACAGCUACUGAUGAUAUUGAAGCUGGUUUCGUCAUUGGCUCCGGGCAACAACAAGUUGCCUAGGGAAGCCAAGAAACACCCCUUGUUUGCUUUUUCUCUUAUUAUU